AUGCAUCCACUCAGUGCGAACAAACUGCCCAUCGGCCGCGGAGGUGCGGGUGGUGGGAUAGGCGGACGCCGGCUGCUUAAUCCGCAAGGUGUGGAAAUAAGCCCCGGCACUAAAAACUCAUACCCACAUACGGCUGCAGGCUCGUUACGCGCAGUUGUGAGCUCAAGUGUAGGGGCUGGCGCGCAUACGGGGCCACCCCCACCCACACUAGAAGACGUGUCAGCUAUAACAGUUACGACUGGGGGUUCGACUGUAGCUGCAUCUGCGUUGGCUGUGGCGGAGGAUAGUGGUGCGAGAGAUAAAGCGGCUUUAUUGCGUACGGAUACGUUGACACGUGCAGAUACAUUGACACGUGUGAAUACUUUGACACGUGCAAAUACGUUGUCGCGUGCGCGAUUGGGGACGAGCCCGAUAGCGGUGCACCCAGAUGAAGAGACAGAUACCGGUACAGACCCUGCAGGACUAGGUGCAUCAGUUGGAGACGGCAGCCGGAGAGGUUCCGGUGGAGGGGGUGGCAAUGCCGGGUUGGGUACGAAUGUACAUAGCAGUCAUGAUAGCGAUAGUAGAAGAGGUAGUUUGGAGAGUAUCGGAGAGGGAGACAGGCAGUCUUCAGGAGGUACACAUGAUUUGAAUCCAGAUAAAAUGGAAGGUUUUUUUGGGCAUAAAAUUAGUAUUCCGGUUCCGGGGGUAGGGUUGAGUAAGCCGAUGUCGAUCCCAAAGGAGGCCCUAGUUAGGAGAGAUACCAGAUUGAUCGUAGGUGACUCCAAGAGUCAUGUCCACGCAUCUAGGAGCUACUCCAACACAUUCCUGAGCAACAACGAGGGUAGCCAGACAUUCAGUGGUAGUAGACAGGGAGGACCUCAACUUAGUAUCAGUACAUCACCCAGAGCGACACCUGAACCGAGUACUGCACCUAAAAAGGCAGAACAAGACCCAUUGAACGUCUCACCAAAAGGCGUGGUAGCUUUGAGCGAUGG